AUGUCUCCUGCACAUGCGGGCUCGGUGAAGCUCACGCGAACCAAAACUAGCAAAAAGGUGCAAGGUAUCCUCUGGCAGUCUGAAAACUCGCCAGCACCGGAGGUUGAUUUGUCUGACUGUCAGAUAGAGAAGCUACCAAACGAGCUCUUCGGGUUGUUCUCUGGUGAGAAAAAUUCGCUAAUACUGUCGCAAAAUAAAAUUGUGAAUUUUGGCCCUGGCGCUCGCUUAAAUGCGUUUUCCCGUGUGGAGAUUCUGGAUCUUAGUCAAAACCACAUCAAUAAACUGCCGCACGAACUAUGUGCGCUGAUAGUGCUGCGGGUACUUGUCCUAGACCACAAUCAGAUAACGAAUGUGCCCCCUGCUGUCGAGCAUCUCAACAACUUAACGCUUCUAUCUAUCGAACACAACAAGCUGGAAUCAAUACCAAAAUUCUUGGCCAAGCUACCGCACCUUGAAGAUGUGCGACUGGGUGGGAACAUAUCAUUGAAGGAUCCGCCUCUGGCCAUAUACAGCGAAAGUGGUUGCAGAGGCGUGAUGCAGUACUUAGUGCGUGAGAAAAGUGCGGUAUAUGAAGGGCCACUCGAUGGGAUAGACACUGACACCGUAUUAGAUACGGCCGCAAAUACCGUUGCAGGUUUAUACACCGCAUCUGUGUCCGAUCAACCGAAACAGGGCAUCCAACAUGACCUCCCGCGCGCUAGUACAAAAGGUGUCGCACAGCUCCUUUGGGAAGCCGAGAUGUCGCCAGAUGAUGUGGCGGAUUUCUCCAGGCUAUUACUGACCAAGAUUCCUGCGGAAAUGUUUGCUGUUUUUAUCUCGAGCGAAAAGCGCACUCUGAAGCUGAAUAUAAACUUACUCCAAUCCUUUGAAGGCAACAUGAACAGCCUCCGAAACCUCCAAACGCUCGACUUAAGUAAGAAUAGAUUAAAAUCGUUACCCGAUGCGUUGAUCGCGGCUGAAAGUCUACGACGAAUUGAUGUGUCAUACAACCAGUUGUCAGCAAUUCCACUUGUGCUUAGCAAGCUUCCUCUGUUGCGAUCGAUAUAUGUCAAACACAACCAAAUCCAGGACCUCCCACAUGAAUUGACCAGCAUGCCGUAUUUGCAAAGCCUUCAGGUUUUGGACAAUCCGCUAUUUUAUUUUAACGAUAAAGCUAGGCGAAGUGGGAUACCUGAUAUUCAUGUAGAGGAGGCCAUCACUUCUGGCGAUGAUCCUCUACUCCGUUUGCUAUGCAAGCUGGCCAAUGUACAAUAUCGACCACCCAUGUAUGUGGAGGAUAGUUACAUGCCCAAUCAAGGCCGAAAAAUGCAAGCCCUGGGCGCUCUGAGAGUUCAUCAAGAAGCUGAAGAUCAGGCCGUAAAGGACGUGAAUGACGCCAGAAUCCGUUUUUCCGAGGCACAUCUACGCUAUACCGAGCUACAAUCCCGACUGAUUGAGAUCAGCGUGCGGGAGCGUUUUGCGGGUCAGGACGACCGUGCAUUGGCACAAGACCGAUCAGCCGCUGUCUCUGAAAUUGCCGCCCUUCUGCCGAUUUUGGGUGAAUUGUCGAAUAAAACGGGUUCUCAUUCAUUUGCUACCCAGCCGUCCCCUGUGCGAGCUCACUUGCGGUCGGAUUCUGGCUACCCGGCCCCGAACAGUUUUCCGGUAGAGAGUACUAUACCAACAAAGCGUUCGGAACCUAUGGUUAGCCAGAGCAGUUGUACGCAAUCGGCCUCUGCAACCCCCGGGUAUUUUUCAGGAGAGAGUGAUAUAGCGAAGCAGCAAGCAUCAUAUGCGCCUAGCGGUCCGCCGUCGAGUAUUUUACCACCCGGCUACUCUGUGUCUCUUGCCUGUAAAGAUGCACCGGCUCCUUUGACUGUUUGCCAACCCCCACCCUACCUGGAUUGGAUGGCAAAGGAUAGCAAAGCUGAACCCGUUGGAAAUAGCGCGCGUACUGGUGAAUCUGAUGUUUUCAUUGGUGCGUCGGCUCCUCGACUGAGUGAGGAAUUUAAUCAUGUCACGAUAGCAAGAGAUGAUCCACAUCCGAGUCAAAAGAAGAUCGUUUCAUUAUUUGAAUCUCUGGGUUUAAAGCAGCACAUUUCGCGUGUACUCGCGCUGCCGGCUGAUGAUAUUGGUCGUCUGAUGUCUGAUGAUAAUAGCACUGUUCUCGAUCAGUUUGGCCUGACUCCAGCAGAUCACAAAAUGUGCCUUCUGGCAUUGAACACUGUGAGAGACUCGGAGGCUAAACUGAGACUUAAGACUCAAAGGAUAGAAGAGCACGUUUCGGUUCAGAAUUCACAAACCAAACAAUCGGACAAGGCGCCUCUACAACGUUCGCAACAACGACGGUGCGCUAUCUGUCUUGACAAGUCGAUUGAGAUAGUGCUGCUCAAUUGUGGUCACGCAUGCUCGUGUCUAGAGUGCUCUGAGAGUCUCACAGAGUGCCCCAUAUGCCGUUCGCAAAUCGCCAGGCGGGUUCAGAUAUAUAUCGCAUAGUUUGCUGGUAUUUUCGCAACGUGUGCCAUUCUGAAUAGGUAUGAAAUCACUACUUAAACUUUGCUCAGACUUCACUGACUAUAUGCUUUUGUCUUCAUAUUCGCACCCGUUCCGUGGAAGCGGGAUAAACAGUGGUUUUUCGUAUUUUGAAUAUUUUAUGACCAUUCAUCGCGAAUGCGGAGUAUUUGCCGUUCGGAUAUGACUUGCGGAGCCCCCAAGAAGGACUUCGAUUAAAAGCUCAUUCACG